AUGCGCCGAUGGUAUAUUUCUUAAUUGCUCAUUGCGUUAUCGGGGCUGCUUCCAACAUUUAUAAUAAGCAUUAUCAUAACAAUAACAGGCUAGUAACUCGCGCUGUCCGCGAUAACGUCUCGUUCCUCAGUCGGAUGCUGUUCUUGAGAGCAAACAGUUUUAUUUUCCUCUUGAUCGGUGUGAAGUGUCAGUGUUCUAUUUUUAAGUAGAUAAUUGUGUGUAUGCUUUGAAGAAGAUACAUUGUUAAGUGUCAGCAUGGUGGUGGUGCUGAACGGGGUGCUGGCGGACGAGUGUCCCACGUCGGUGCGCGCCUUGCUGAGCGCGCACCCCGGCUACCGGGACGCGGCCGCGCAGCUGCUCGCGGCGGCCCCCAGGGUGGUGGGGACACCCGGCCUCUUGUACGUGGGGCAGCGGGAGCUGGCGGCCGUGGUGCCGCACGAUAAAAAUGUGAACAUCAUCGGUUCAGAUGACGCCACGUCAUGUAUUAUAGUCGUUGUGAGGCAUUCAGGAUCAGGAGCAGUCGCCCUAGCUCACCUCGACGGCUCCGGCACGGCAGAGGCUGCAGCAGCCAUGGUGGCGAGGGUCCAACAGUUAGCAGUCGGCUACCCUGAAGGCAGAUUGGAGCUACAACUGGUUGGAGGUUUCACCGACCCACAUAGAUACUCGGAUGAGCUGUUCGCGAAUAUCAUGUUAUCAUUCCACCGGCUGUCCGUGGAGAUCGACUUAACCCUCGCGUGCUGCUGCGAGCUGAACACGGCGCUCGGCGGCGGCGCGCCGGCGCCGCUGGUGACCGGCGUCGGCGUCGACAUCCGCCACGGCGACCUGUUCCCCGCCACCUUCCCCGACAAGGGACCCGAGCUGCCAUUACGAGGAGCGAGGACUAUCACCGGAGGUCCACAUUCCGCUCAGGUGUUGGACAUAUACGACAACGCAGUGGGCAUGCUCCGCAUCGGGCCUUUCAACUACGACCCACUCCGCGGGGUGGACUUAUGGCUCGAGCAGUCGGACGACUUCAUUCUGCAACACUUGAGCACUACGCCGGCUGUGGAACCUCCACAUUUCGUACAUCACAUCCGCGCCACGCUGAAGUUUAUCCAGCAGCAUCCGUUCCCGGCCGUGACCGUGUUCGCCGACAACCGCCCGCACUACUACCGGCGCGAUGAACAGAGCGGGUGCUGGGCUCCAGUCCGGUUCUAAACCGGUUAUAUCCGGGUUUGAGG